AGGCAAAGACACUCUCAAACUUGAGGGCCUUGUCAGGCUUCACUCUCAGAUGGUUCAGCGCCAAUUGCCUUAAAAUCAGACCCCUCCCCCUCCCUUUAUAGGACCCACCAACAACACAUCCUCUCUCUCUCUCUCUCUCUCUCUCUCAUUCUCCUCCAACUCUCCCUCUCUUCUUCCUCUUUGUGCCAUGACUUCUGCCAUGGACAAAGCUGAGAGAGAGACCCACGACUUCAUGAACGUCGAGUCUUUCUCUCAGCUCCCCUUCAUCCGCCCCGCGCCGGUUAAAGAAAAGGGCAUUCGGCUUUUCGGCAUAGAAUUCGGCUGCGGCGACAACAACCACGGUGGUGGAGCCGCCGACGAGUCCGAGUCGGCUGAGACCAACGCGUGCGAGGAUGUUGCAAAGGAAAGCAACGAGAACGGGGAGAGUAACAGGAGAUUUGAGUGCCAUUACUGCUGUCGAAACUUCCCUACCUCUCAAGCCUUAGGCGGUCACCAAAACGCACACAAAAGGGAACGCCAGCAUGCAAAACGCGCGCACCUACAGUCGGCCAUGGUGCAUAGUAGCCUCUCCGAUGCGCACGUGUAUGGGCUUAUGAAUUACCGGCUCGGCUCGGCUCCACUGCCGGCUAUGAGUUAUCCAUCGUGGAACACUAGUAGUUCUUCUUCUAACGGCGCCAUUGCUGGUAAUGGUAGGUAUUAUGGAAGCCAGAGCUCUUUCUCUCAGCCUGCGCCUAUAAACGGGAGUCCUUUGGCCUUGUGGCGAAUCCCUGCCGUCCAGAGUACUAACCCUACUUUUGAUCGUGACCGUUCGUUGCACCCCUUGCCGUUGUUUUCCGGCGAUGAGUUAAAGCCCAGCUCGCAGGUCGGUGGGUCUAGUACUUCUCAAAGCAGGUAUGUUUACGAAGCGAAGACUAGCGUGCAAGACCAUGUGAGUUUGGAUCUUCAUCUCUAGCUAGUACUUGUAAUUCGACUACAUCGUAAUUAAAGAAGAACUUGAGAUUAGAUCGAGCUGAGCUGGGAAUCUUUUGAUGUGCAAAUGAGGCAAUUCUGAGGAAGCCCAUUACUAUUUUCUAUAUAUUAACAUCGAUCGUAAUUUUAGUAUGCAUGAUUUAAUAUGUACAUGAAAUGAUUUGAAUGUGAGACAGCAUGUUCUUCAUGUUAA